UUGUCAAAACGUUUAGUUAAUGUGAAACCAAGUAUAACAAAAUUAUAAUAAAAAAAUUCUCGUGCAUUGAAACUUUCACCUGUCUCAUUUUUGUACAAAGAAUCACACGGUCAUGACGACGCUGAUUAAUUUGUAGAAUGUUUCGAAAAAUGGCACAAGAAAAAGUUAUUAAGGACCAAAGAACAAUUUGUCUAAUUAUAGUUCGUAGUUGAAGAAAGAGUGCAAAACGGGCCCAAUAUGGUUCGAACUUUGUAAACAAGAUGUUUUGAUCGAAUAAAAAGCCAAUCGAAAAAAAAAGUCAACAAGAAAGUUUUGACGUUCGAGCGGAAGUUGUACACAUAUGUUUCCGAUGUAGCUCAUGCAGAGCGGAGCAUGCGCAAUUUAUACGGCCUGAAUAUGUCGGCUGGGUAAAGUACGUUAAAUGUUAUCAUGACUAGAACUAUAUCCUUUGGUUAAGUUCAUUGGAGUUAGUUUAUCACGAAAAUUAUUGUGAUUUAAAAGUUGGAAGGUACAAGUACGAUUAGUAUAAUUGAUUCACGAAAAUAAACUCGCCAUAUUGUACAUCUAAAGAUUAAGUAGUAGAAGAGGCCUUAUGUCAAGUCGGUUCGGUAUUGGGAGGGCCGACGACGUGUGCCAAUAUGAAGAAAUUAUUUUCAAAAAUCGAAAACACAUCGAAGGAACCGAACAGUUAUUUGGGAAAGGUCUUUGUGGUAGGACGUUAUACUGUGACUGUUGAGGAAGUUUUGGCGGAAGGAGGGUUUGCUAUUGUAUUCCUGGUUAAAUCUUCGAGUGGACGGUAUGCGCUUAAACGCAUGUAUGUUAAUAACGAACAUGACCUCAACGUAUGUAAGCGGGAAAUACAAAUUGCAAGUAACUUGAACGGUCAUAAAAAUAUCAUUGGAUAUGUGGAUAGCAGCAUCACUCACAUAGGUGGAGGAGUACAUGAAUUAUUGCUUUUAAUGCCUUAUUGCAAGUCUCAAGUUCUUCAGAUGAUGAACAAUAGGUUGCAGACUGGUUUCAGCGAAUCAGAAGUCUUACAAAUAUUUUGCGAUGUUUGCGAGGCCGUGUCACGAUUGCAUCACUGUCAAACGCCAAUAAUACAUAGGGAUCUAAAGGUUGAAAAUAUAUUAUAUUCCGAUGCUGGUCAUUAUGUUUUGUGCGACUUUGGUUCAGCAACGGCUAAAGUUCUUAAUCCUGGUGUACAAGGUGCUGCGAUAGUGGAAGAAGAAAUUAAAAAGUACACGACCCUUAGCUAUAGAGCACCUGAAAUGGUUGACAUGUACUGUGGGAAAUCUAUUACGACAAAAGCUGAUAUAUGGGCAUUGGGAUGUUUACUUUACAAACUUUGUUUUUUCAUAUUACCAUUCGGAGAAAGCACACUUGCUAUUCAGACAGGAAAUUUUACUAUACCGGAUAAUUCAAGAUAUAGUAGAAGCCUUCAUUGUCUGAUUCGUUAUAUGCUUGAGCUGGAUCCCGAUAGCCGCCCUGACAUUUACCAAGUUUCUGUGAUUGCUUUUCAAAUCCAGGGCAAGGAAUGCCCCAUACAAAACUUACAUAAAGUUCCAACUCCUGUUUUGGAAUCAUUACCCGUUCCCCUUAUGGAAUCUGAGACUGUAAAGAGAUCGUCGUUAGUAAAAACACCAAAACCGUCACCUAUAAGUACAGUUGAGGGUACUUCGGUCACACCAAGGCAACGACCAAAAGGGCAGGCUGUUGUGAGCACGGGACCUAUAAGUUUAAGCGGGCAAAUCGUGAGCCAAAUAUCUGGUCAAGGGAAUCAGGUGCAACCGCAAAAUUCUGUCGGAAUUCCAGCUUCCUACGUUCCGAUUGGCCAACAAAUUACUUCGUUGAAUGCGCCUCAGUCUUACUUGGGGCAAAGCACGCAAUCAACCGUUCAGUCGGUACCAGUGAACGCGCAAACGUCUCAUCAAAUGUCAACGCAGUCACCCUUUAAUCAAACUUCGUCGCAAGUUUGUCCUCCCGGUCAAAAUGUUCCCUUCUCACAGGCACAGGGUCAACAAUCGCAAAGUCCUAUGACCAGACAAUCCCCGGUGACUGUUUUGGAGAGAAGUGCAUAUUACUUCGAUUCAAAGUCGACAACGAACGUGAACGAAGAAAAUUUAGAAGCGCUAUUCCCACCAUCGGGAUAUCCAGAUCCGUUCAAAGACGAUACUCGAACCAUGCCGCCACCCGCAAAAAUACCACCUCCCGUAGCUCCCAAACCCUCUAAAACCCUUUCUAAAGCGUCCAAUAUUUCUGCCAGUUGCCCGCCUUCGAAGUUCACACCCGUUACUUCAUUAGCAUCGAAACUGAGUAUUCCAAGUGGAUCUAAUAAGGUAACUCCUAUAACACCCCCCACUUUACCGAAGCCAGUAAAUAAAACGGAGAGCUUGAGUCAAAAUAUAAGUUCGAGUGCCUCUCCACCCGAUAGUCCGACACUGUCCUCUGCACGUCACAGAAGAAACGUUAGCGAUACAAGUGCUUUCAACAAAGCAUUUGCAAAUGAAACCACACAAUUUCUUGCUCCGUACGAGGCUUCGGUGAAAUCACGUUCAGAAGAUGGUACAUCUCCAGAAGUUUUAACCGACAUAAGGCCUUGUUUGGGAACUAGUGCCUCGCAUGUACGUAUUGGUGAACUUUCGAGCGUGAUAGCUACGGAAGGAAGAUCUUUAAGUGCAGACGUAGCAGCUUGGAAUCCGUUCGAAGAUGUUGAACCUUUUAAUCAAUUAACAGAAGAUCAUAUUUUUGGCGCGGAGUUUGAUAAAAUUAGAAGAGGAAGUAAUACAAGUAUUAGCGGUGUAAAAAGCCGUGAAAGUCUUGUUAUGACGUGUACAGAUUUACAAGAAGAUCCAUUCGAAUCCGCGCCUUUCAGUUUGCCAAGAGGAAAGAAGAACAAAAUUGGGUCAAAGGCUGCGGCACUUGCUGGAGGCAAACCAACGAACGGUAGACCAAGAAUACCUUUGAAGCAAUGGAAACCAGGGAUCGAGCGCAUCGAGUUGGACGAGAAAACGACUCUCUCGACGGAAAACAGUCCCGUAUCUCCGCCAUUUGUUCGCGCUCCCAUGGAGAACCGAUCGAAAUAUGAAAAAUUGCCUUUCAACGCCGGCGAUGCAUCCAGUGACAGCGACAAAGACGUAACUCGGGAACGAAUCAAGCAACAGAGAAGACGGGGUAAGAGCGGGCUUCGCAGGAAGAGGAAAGUUACGCAGGGUGCUAUAAAAACUACUCCGGCGGAUAACGACGACGAAUCCAACGACUCGAUAGGCUCAGCCAGCGAUUUGAGAAUCAACGACGACGAGGAAUGUAAUGAUAACGGUGGUAAUGUUCGCGCGAACGGCUAUACGGUCGAUAGCAACCAAGAACAGGAAGACGACGAGGAGGACGAAUGUACCGACGAGGACGAGGACGAGAACGAGGACGAGAACGAGGACGAGAACGAGGACGAAGCUCGCAAGAAUUGCGUGAGAAUGGAUGAAAAUGUUUUAGAGAAUGUCACUGUUCACGGUGAGGAGGAUUACAGAAGAUCCAAGAGGCAUUAUCGAACGCAACCAUUGUCGCGCGUCGAGGUGGAUCCGGUCGUUGGCCACGAGUACGGAGAGAAGCCUUUGCUAUUGGACGACGAACUGGAUCCUGAAUCAAGACCGACAGGAUUGUACGGCAAUCCGUUUGCCAGCCAGCAGCAGUAUUGUACGAAGCCUGUGCAGAUCGAGGACGCCGGCAGCUCGGAGACGUCGGACGAAGACGAUCUGUCAACUAAUCGGUUAAAGAAACUCGAGAAAGAUGUUUUUGCGUUGGCACCGUUCCCACGAUUCGGCAGUUGGAGAAGAAGCGUCGACGAUCUGGAUAAGGACACGAAGAAGAAGAACAACAACGAGCAAGUCGAGCCGAACACUCCGUUGCAACCGCCUAUCCCAAUUUUCGGUUCUACGUCCGACGCGGAUACGGAUGGAAAAACUGUAGCAAAGUACGAUUUGCCGCGAGUCGGGAGCAACGAGAGUUACGAGGACGCGAGCUUUUCAUCGAUAGAAACGCAGCAGCAGCAGCAGCAACAACAACAACAACAACAACAACAACAACAACAACAACAACAACAACCACUUCCGUUUCGAGCAAUCUCCUCGAGUAUCGAGCUAACCGCCGCUGGAAAGAAGAUAAACGAGACGAACGAACGAAAAGACGGGGAGAAACGCGAACAACUGGACGAAGAGACCAACGUAAAGGAUUUGUUCGGCUCGUCGCCGUUCAGUCCAAGCGGUUUUGCGAAUCCUUUCGCCAAUCGCAUCGUUUCGAAUUAUGUUACGGAGGAGGAAUCUGGACCGCUGUAUACGAACAGCGUUCGUCAUUUGACGCAAUCGGUCCCGGCCGCGAAUUCAAAUUUCAGUAACGUAGUAGCAGCGGACGACUGCGAUCGUUUCGCCGGCUUGAAGGCCUCCAAGGAUAUUUUCGGUUCCAUUCCCUUCGAUGAAUUCGCACCAUUGCGAACCAACGAACAGCAGAGAUCCGGUUCUGCCCAAAGACCGUACUCCCAGCCACCGUUGCCGAUGCCGAUGCCGAUGCCGAUGCCGAUGCCGAUGCCGAUGCCGAUGCCAAGUUUCGUCGACGAGACUCUGAACGCAAUAUUGUCAGACAAGUCGUCCAACACCGCUCGAUCGACGUCCAUCGCGCAGGACACCACAUACUCGAUCCAAACGGUGCAACACACUGCUCGUAUUACCGUACAGACUAUCAACAGCGUAUCGAAACCGGACAUUACACCCGACAUUGUCUCGCCGAUGUCGCCGGAACCGCUCGUCGGAGACGAUACACCGAGACAACACAAGAAAGAGAAAUUUAAAUCGGAAAGGUCCAAGUAUCAUCUGAUCGAUGAAAACCACGGUGACGUUGUCAACGUUUUACCGUCGAGCCUGUUGCCUCACAAGGGCAAGUCGGUCUGUCUGAAAAAGUCACCCAAGACAAAGAAGUGCUCCAUCAUUGCUGCGGCUGGCUUCAGCAACAUGAGUUUCGAGGAUUUCCCGAGCGACGAAAACGAGGAGAAACAAAUCACAACGCCACAGAGAAUCGCACCGUUCGAAGUGGUCAGGGAACCCGAGAAACGUUUCGGAUCGCUCAAGAGAAGAAGCAAUCCAUUCAUUUGAGACGAAGACGGUACAAAGAGAAACUUCACCAAGAAUACCUAUACGGGUAUGAAGAAAUUUACAUGAUUUCACGCUUUACGGCAGACUCCCUCAGAUUCCCUCUACAGAAAUGUCCAAAGACCGUGACAAAAACCAGAGACGGAAGAAGCAAACAUUAAAAUACAGUAUUGCCUAGGACCAAGCUCUCGCGUUUGGAUGAAUUUUCACCAAGAAGACCAGCGAAUAAUCUGAAAUUUUUAUCACAAGAUGAAAUUUAAGGCGGAAAAGUUAUUUGGGUAACACUAGUUCGGUUAUCGAGGAAAGAGUUUGUGGAUCGAUUAGUCAGAUAGUAUACAUAUGUAUAUUAACACAGACCUAACCAUAUUGGUAUCGACGAAGGCUAGAAUUUACGAUAAUGUAGGUACUGUGCACGAACAAGUGCACAAGUGAUACGGAAGGAAUGCGGGUGGGUUUCAUCGAUUAUAAUAAAAAUAGGAAUGCCUACUGGGAAAAGUUUCAUAUACAUAGUAUGUAUACAUACAUACAAUGUAUUUUUAGUUUCAUAUUAGCGACCGAACGCAGAAAAUCCCCCUUGCCUCUGUGUCGUCCCGUAACACUUGUUUCUCUUUCGUGCACAGUACAUAAAGUUGAGCGAUGGCAUGCGUUGCAUGCACGACGUCCAUUUAAUAUCUUAUACAAAUACAUAGAAAAUUGAUACGCGAUUUUUGUCCAAUAAUAAUAGUUUACUCGUGAAACAUAAUACGUAUAAUCGAAGAAAUUUAUUCGUUUCCUCGUAAAAGUCCUGCGACCAUUGUCGCUUGUUUCUUUCAUUCCUUUAUUUAAAACAUUUAGUGUUUGCGCAUACUCGCAUGUAAGUUUAUACGGAACAAAAGUAUGUAUUUGUACCAGAAACUGCCAGAAUCUGUCUGGUUAAAGAAAUUACAAAUGAAACUUGUAAAAAAUGUAACUCGCGUCGGUCAGGAGAUACCGAUUCGUGCAACUAGCGCGUAGAAAUUCGACAAUUCGAAUAAUAAACUAAAUCGAAUGUCGGUUUUGUCAGAAUGUUUUUUCAGCGAACGAAUCCAAGUUGAAAAAUACGAAAGGAAAAUAGUAGAGAAAGAGCGCAUAUAAAGACAGCUCGAGCAUCUAUUUUUGCAACCAGGCAUUUUCUACGCUACGUUUGUACUUUGAAAUUUCUAGAUUACUACUACUACGAUCUAGCAGUUCUUACAAAUGAGACAGUAUUUCUAAGAAAGUAAAUUAAUAGCUAACAAGAGACGUACACGAUCGAAUUUUCCAUAUCGUGUGUGUAUACUCGUAUUGCUCAUGCCCAAACUUUUCCAAGGAACCAUUCUUACGAAACAGAAAUAUGUAUUCUGCGACUAUAAUAAUUCCGACACGGUUACAAGGUACCGCAGACCACAAAAUUAUUUGCGCAUGCAGAAUAAAAAGACAAUAAAAGGAUGUAAAUGUUUGUUUGGUAAGAAAUAAAUAAAAUUAUAGAAUGUUGUUGAUCCGGGUGAGAUUCUCUCGACGUCACUAGACUCCGAAGGAACGCCGCCCCGCCACACACCUAAACACUAUGGCGAUAAUCCCGUGCAUGUUUUAAUUUUCCAACACAUAAAUUACAAAAUUUAAUUUUAAUUUAGAUUUUCUAAAUCUAAACUAGAUUUAAAUCAUUACUUUUUCAUAGAACCACUGUUGUUUUAUCGCCUUUUUAUUUUGCAUAUUUCUAGUAAAUUGCUGUUUGUGCCAGUAAUUUUGUGACUGAUCGUAUCUACGUCUUUUGAAACAUCGAAACGACGCGGCGCAAUUAAUACGUACCAUCGAAGAAACUCUUGAAAUGUUUAACUUUAUUCUACUAUAGAAACAAGUUGUACACGAUUCGCGACACGAGAAAUCUUUUUUCAACUUAUUUACCAAUCGCUCGUUCGCUGGAAAGAACCACUAAACGUCGAUAUCCCUGACAAUCGUACGUGUCUACGAAACGAAUAUUAUAAUACGUAUGUACGUAGGAUUCGUAUUUAAAGGGUAGUUACUACUACCGUACACACGCGACCAGUUCAAGUUUGCAGAUGUGCCUACGCGUAAUCCAUGAUUACCGAAUUUCAAAAUUUCAAAUAACUUACGUUUAUUCGUGAUGCGUGUUUAACAGAUUAAAAAGAUACAUCGAGAGUGAAAGUACACGAUGUUUUUAAAAACUGGACUAUACAUAGUUGCUUUCUAUAAGCAGAAGGGGUAAAAGUUGAUACAGAAAACCGUAGAAUGGUUUAACGAGGAUCGCUCGCCUCCCUCCCUUCUGCUCUUCUAAUUUCUUAUCGAGAGCAAAAAGGGUAAAGGCAAUAUUACUUGUCGGGUUGUCAGAGUUCACCCACCACUGUUCACUCUAUAAUCUGAGAAACGAUACUCUAAUCUCGCAGAAAUAGUAUAGUGGAUCCGGUUAAGCCACUCUGACAAAAGUCUUCUUCCCAGUUCCUAAAAUCACCUUGUAUAGUUUAUCGAUAAAGAGAGACAGAUCAGAACACUUUAGACAAUACGAGAAAAGUAUUUGUGUAAUAAUCGGUAUAUUCCCAUGUAUUCGCGUACGCGUACAAAUUCAUGCAUGUACGCUGGUAAAUGCGUAUUUAUCUAAUGGAAAUGUAGAUACUAGGUAAUGUAAUACAUACACGAUUAGGUGCCUUUCUUUCUUUGUUAAGUAGCGUUUAAAGUUUGUACUCUCUGCUGUUGUGUAGAAUAGAAACAAUGGGAUGUUUGCAUAGAAACGAAGUCAAUUGUAUUAAGCGUAAGAGUUACUAAGGUAAAGUUUAUGUUGGAAUUUCAGUUCCUAUACGUAGCUAUUCAAGUUAAGCGCACGAACGAUAAGCUUCGAUCUUAUAAACUUUAUU